AUGAAUAAAUAUUUUUGUGUAGGUCUUUCGUAUUUGCCUUAUUGGAAAACUUUAUGGGGUAAUAAAAUCAAUGGAACUGAUGGUUCAUGGUUUCCUCCUUUAAUAAAUAAAGAUCUUCAAUCUGAACGUUUAUAUUUAUAUUCAACUGAUAUAUGUCGAUCAGUCUAUGCUAAAUUUGAACAACAUUCAUCGAUAUUAAAAAUUCCAACAGAAUUAUUUUCUAUUCCAUCUGAAAUAUUUCUUAAUUCUACCCUUAAUCCAGAUAAUAUUGCUUUUGGUACAUAUGAUUCAGGUGUACUUGAUGUCGGUGCAUGUCGACAAGGUGCGCCAAUAUUUAUAUCAUUACCACAUCUUCUUUAUGCGGCUGAUAAAUAUACAAAAAAUGUAUAUGGUAUUGCACCAGAUCCAAAUAUUCAUCGAACAGUACUUGAAGUUGAACCACAUACAGGUCUUGUAUUAAGUGCUCAAAAACGUUUACAGAUAAAUGUAUUUCUUCAACCUGAACCAUUAAUUGAUGAUCUCAAACGUAUAUCAGAAGUUAUUUUACCAGCUAUAUGGAUAAAUGAAUCAACAACUAUUGAUCAAAAGUCAGCAAAUGAUUUAAAUAAUCAAGUUUUACGUUAUUUUACUAUUAUUCAUUGGGUAUCAAUUGUAUUAAUUUCAGUUGGUAUAGUUAUAUUUAUUAUAACAAUUGCUUUUUUUGCAAAACGACGUUCUCAAAAAAAUACAUUUACACCAAUUGUUAAUCCAAGAUCAGCCAAUUCAGUGACAUCCGAUAAUGAUUAUUGA